GGACACUGAUGUAAUAGUAUUCAACUGCAUGUACGUUCACCAGGAGACUUUAAUGAAGAGGAUGGACCGCACAGAAAAGUUCAUCAAACUCCACUUGGUGAUCCAGAACUGUACACGCAUUCAGAUCUGAGAUUUUCUUUGAUGUGUUGACUCCGCCCCCUUCAUGGAAACACUGUGAACCAAUCAGGAACAGGGAGCUAGUUAUGGACUGCACAGCGGCAAUUUUAAAAGCAUGUGCCCGUUCCAGAGUGAAAUGGUGCAGGCGCCACCGUAACCCAUGGAGACCAGCGGGUGGCGGUGGCGGCGGCAGCAGCGGCGGCUGUUGUGGCGACGCGACGACAACAGGUGUUGUCGGCCACGUCCGCUCGCUUCUCAGGUGUUUUCUGUUCUACGUCUGCUGUUGUCUGUCCCGUGAAGAGAGCGCCGAUCUGUGUCGGGAUUGGCCAGAUCGGACCAAUAAUGACCCAGAGAGAGGAGGACGAGGCAGAAGAGAGGAGGAAGGUGAGGAGGAGGAGCUAGGACCGCCUCCUUCAGUGGAUGAAGCAGCUGACGCCCUGAUGACCAGACUGGGAUUCUUACUGGGAGACAAGUUCAUCAGUGGAGAUGCAGCGUCCUCGUACCCCGCUCCAGAAGAUGGACAGAGGAUGUCCCCUUCGUCCAGUUUGGCCAGUAGCUCCACCUCCCCCUGCUCCACCCUGCACCCUCCACCUGCAGGAGAGGGCAAUAACAACACCAAGCACACCCCGUCCAACUACGCCUCUGUCACCUCCCCCACCUCCACCCUGGACAGCAGAGACAGCGGCAUCAUAGCCACUUUGACCAGUUACUCUGCAGAAUCUGCAGUGGAGCGCGAUGACAGCGGCAGGUAUCACGGUGACGGUUACCAUGGCAGCAGCCUCAACCUUUGGCAGGGGGGGCCCCGGCAUGUGGUGGCCUCCACCUCCUCCUCCAGUAUGGUCGCAGUGAGGAGAGAGGAUGCCAUGUCCGCCUCCACCUACAGCCUCAACAAACUGCACCCUGACCAAGGCCCAGGCUCCGCCCAUUCAUCAGGCUCCACCCACUCCAUCCCUCUCUACCUCAUGCCGCGGCCAAAUUCAGUUGCAGCCACCAGUUCUGCCCACCUUGAAGACCUGGCCUACCUGGAUGAACAGCAGAGACACGCCCCUUCAAGGACCUCCCUCAGAAUGCCCAGACAGAAUUCUGGGAAUCGUAGUCAACCAGACCACAGAGCAGUGCGUUUUACUCCGUCCCUCAACCUGAAGCCUCUCCACUUCGAGAUUCCCGGCCUGUCGUCUGAUUGGCUGUUUACGGGCAGGGAGUGGCUUUUCCAGGAAGUGGACACCUGUCUCCGCAGCGAUGACCCAGCGAUCAGUCGGGGUGUGGUGAUCGUUGGGAACAUGGGCUUCGGCAAAACGGCCAUCAUCGCCCGCCUGGUGGCUCUCAGUUGUCAUGGAAGCCGCAUGUGGCCGAACAGCGCGGGCAGUAACCAGGCUGCGGUCAAACAUCCAGAAGGUUUGUCUUUUUCAUCCAAUUCCAUGGGAAGAGGAGAAGGAGGAGGAGAAGAAGGAGGAGGAGAGGGGAGCUGUCCAGGGACUCCAGAGAUGAGGAGGAGGCAGGAGGAGGCGCUGAGGAGGCUGGCAGCUCAGGUGGUCUCUUAUCAUUUCUGUCAGGCUGAUAACUCUCACACCUGUCUGGUUCCUGAGUUUGUCCACAACAUGGCGGCCAUUCUCAGUGACAGUCCUCAGCUGUCGUCGUAUCGGGAGCUGCUCCACCAGACGCCGCAGCUGCAAAGUCUGCUGAGUCUGCGGUCCUGCAUCCAGGACCCAAACUCCGCCCUCCAGAAAGGCAUCCUGGACCCCCUCAACAGCCUCUACAGAGAGAGGAAGAUACACACGGAGAGGACGGGGCUUAUUGUGUUGAUUGACGGGCUGAACGAGGCGGAGUUCCACCGGCCGGACUAUGGCGACACGCUCACUUCCUUCCUGACCCGAAACAUCCAGAAGUUCCCCUCGUGGUUGAAGGUCAUUACCACCGUCCGGACCGGUCAGCAGGACAUCACCCACUGUCUGCCCUUCCACCACAUAUCACUGGACAGAAUGGAAGAGAACAGCGCCAUAGACCAGGACCUGCAGGGUUACCUGAUGCAUCGUAUCCACACCAGUGCUGAGAUCCAGAGUAACGUGUCUCUGAGUAACGGUCGCCUGGACAACAGCGCCCUGUCCAAACUGAUCAGCCACCUGAAGAGUCUGAGCAGAGGAUCAUACCUGUACCUGAAACUGACCCUGGACCUGAUCCAAGGAGGGUACCUGGUCCUGAAGAGCUCCAGCUUUAAGGUGGUUCCUGUCAGUCUGGCGGAGGUCUACCUUUUACAGCUCAACAUCAGGUUCCCCACACAGUCGUCUUUCCAGAGAGUUCUGCCUCUGCUCAAUGUGACGGUGGCAUCUCUGCACCCACUGACUGACCAGCAGCUGUUUGAGGUGGUGAAUGCGGGUGCUGUGAUUGGAGGAGCGCUGCAGUGGGCGGAGUUUGCGCAGCGCCUGGAACAGCUGUCCCCUUUCUUGCUGUGGCGAAGCGAUGGUACCAGGAUGCUGAAGCACGCCUCCUUCAGAGAGUGGCUGGUGUGGAGGGAGGAGGGCCAGGACGACCGCUUCCUCUGUGACCCCAGGAGUGGCCAUACUCUCCUGGCCUUCUGGCUGUGCAGACAAGAGGGAAGACUGAAACGACAGGAGACACUAGAGCUGGGACAUCACAUCCUGAAGGCACACAUCUACAAGGGUCUGAGUAAGAAGCUUGGGGUUUCCUCCUCCGUUCUCCAGGGGCUGUGGCUGUCCUACAGUACACAGAGUCUGAGCCCUGCACUGUCAGCUCUGCGCAAUCUGUACACCCCCAAUAUUAAGGUGAGCAGGUUGUUGAUUAUGGGCGGGGCUGACGUGAACUACCGCAGUGACGUUCUCAACAACGCCCCCCUGCUGUGCGUCCACGCCCACCUGGGACACAGCGACGCCGUGGCGCUGCUGCUCGACCACGGAGCUCAGGUGGACGCUCAGUCACAUGAUGGGAUAACUGCACUGGGAUUUGCCGCUGCUGCUGGACAUUUGGAUAUUGUCACCAUGCUGAGUCAGCGCAGAGCCAAGGUGGGUCACGUGGACGCCUCAGGACGCUGUGUGCUGGUGCACGCCGCUCAGCGUGGACAACAGGAGGUGAUGCGUUUCCUGUUGAAGAGAGUGGACUGGAGCUGCACCUGCUGCGGCAGCCAGAGGGGGGCGACGAGGAGUCAGGCAGUCCAGCAGGCAGUGACGGCAGGGGCCAGCAUGGGCCACACUGAGAUUGUUUCAUACCUGCUGGAUCUUCCAGAGGAAGAUGAUGAAGAGGAGGAGAGACCUGAGAUCAACACAUGUGACAGUCUGUGGGGAGAGACAGCUCUGACGGCGGCGGCAGGAAGCGGCCGCUUGUCUGUGUGCAGACUUCUGUUGGACCAGGGAGCGUCUGUGGACAAAGCCAACCGGAGGGGCGUGGCUCCACUGUUCAGCGGGGUCAAACGAGGUCACUGGCAGGUGGUGGCGCUGUUACUGAACCACGGGGCCCAGGUGAACAGUGUGGACCAGCAGGGGCGCUCUGCUCUGAUGAUGGCGUCCUCCGAGGGACACGUGUCCACGGCCCAGCUGCUGUUGGACCACGGGGCGUCGCUGGACCAGACUGACAGGGAGGGGCUAACAGCUCUGAGCUGGGCGUGUCUCAAAGGUCAGCUGUCAUUGGUCCGAGAGCUGGUGGACAGAGGCGCGGCCACAACUCACGCCGACCGCAGUGGACGGACGCCCCUGGACCUGGCGGCGUUCUGCGGUGACCCUGAAGUGGUGCAGUACCUGGUGGACCACGGGGCGUCUGUGGAACAUGUGGACAGCAGUGGAAUGCGUCCCCUGGACAGAGCUGUUGGCUGCAGAAACACAUCAGCUGUCAUCGCUUUGCUCAAAAAAGGAGCCAAGAUCGGACCAGCCACCUGGGCCAUGGCCACCUCGAAGCCCGACAUCCUGAUGGUUCUGCUCAGUAAACUGAUCCAAGAGGGAGACCGACUGUACAAGCAAGGUAAGGUGAGGGAGGCCGCCCACUCCUAUCAGUCGGCUCUGCAGAAGUUUCCUGGAGACGAGCUGAAGACGUUCCGACAGCUCAGAGUGUGUGUGCUGCUCAACCUGUCGCGCUGCCGCCGCAAGAUGAACGACUUCGGCCCUGCUGAGGACUUUGCUACCAGGGCGUUGGAACUCAAAGCCAAAUCCUAUGAAGCCUUUUAUGCUCGAGCCCGUGCCAAACGGAGCCGCAGACAGUUCCAUGCAGCCCUGGAGGACCUGAUUGAGGCCAGUCGUCUGUGUCCGUCCAACAGAGAGAUCCAACGCCUGCUGGCUCGGGUCAAGGAGGAGUGUCGACAGGCUUCACAACAGGAAGAACCUCCCACCGCCUCAUCACACCACGUGUAUCAGCCACAUGCUCCCAUGCAGGUGCAGGACAGGGAGGGGCUCACUGAGGAGGAGGAGGACAGGGAAGGGGAGGAGGAAGAGGAGGAGGGGGCAGGUAGUCAUGCUGAAGCAGAUGCUCCUCCUCCGUCCUCCUCCUUUCACCCGUCGUCUGUGGUUCAAGGUCUUGACACCCAUUCCGGUCCCAGGGUUCCGUCGCCGUCCUCUCUCUCCCCCACUCACAUGUACCGUCACUUUCCAAGCCCCACCCACUCCCCGUCCUUGUCCUCCCCCAGCCACCCUGCUCCCCCUCCCGCCCCUUCGUCCUACUUCAGCCCCCCCGGCUCACCGAUGCACCAGCAGCGCAUCAGCCCCCUGUCUGAAAGUGUGCCGCACCAUUAUUCCCAGUCGGUGUUAGCGCUGCACCAUUCGGAUCAGCACCACCAGAACCAGGGAGCGCAACAGCCUCACCAUCUGCCCAGCCAGAGGUCUUUCCAGAAGCAGAGCCCUGUCCAGGGUCAGUGGCUCCAACCAGCUACAGUCCAGGUUGUCAGGACCAAUCAGCCCUCUUCCUCAGCCCACUCCAACGUGGUCUUCGGUGGCUCCGCCUACUCUCAGUUCGCCCACCUGCCUAAAGAACUGGCUGAGCUUGGGGAGGGCAUUUGUCCAAGCAUGCAGGUCCAGGACAGUUUGAGUUCUGGAGCUUCAUAUCCAACUGAAGAUGCAGAUGAUUUGGUUAUCCAAGCGAGACCUGCGUCGGCCUAUGGGAGAGGAGGAGGAGGGGAGAGGGCGGGGCCAAAUCGAUUUGGUCAAGCCUCUCAGUUCAGCCGCAACCAAUCCAAAGCAGCUUACUACCCCAUGGAAGUUACGGAGACUGCACCGGAAAACCUCCCACCGCUGCAUGAUUAUCAGUUCUACUCCCAGGGUGGGCUUCGUCGCCCACUCAGCGCCCACCCCUCCUCUUCCUCCGCUCCUUCCAGUCGGCCUCUAAUCCAUUCCCAGAGCGUCAACGUCCGCUUCUCCCCCAGCAGCGACCGCCUCACUGGGCAGCAGGGGAAUGUAGGCUUCCGAACUUCAGCCUCUGCUCAGCAAAUGGACUUACCUCCAGAUCUGGACCCUAUGGGAGGGGUUACUAGUUACCAUGAUGAUCUCUUUCUGGUCACCGCGCCCCAGUCUGAAAUAUCCAUGGUAGGAGGCGGGACUUACCCUGGAGAAGCCGGACGGGCAUCAAGAAACACUCCUUUUAUGGGCGUUAUCGACAAGACAGUGAGGCAGCCGUAUCAAGCUCCGCCUACAUCCACGUCCUGUCUCAGUCCCUCUCGAUCCUGGGCCGUGUCCUCGGUGGAUACCGUCGUCACCUCACCUAGCAAAGCUCCAGCCGCUCACCCUCAGCCCUCGUCACUAGCUUACCACAACCGUAGCAACAACAACGCCCACAAUGGGAACCUCCUCCACGACAACCAGCACGACUACUACGACAUCCCACCGAGCCAAGGUCCGCAGGGGGCAGUAGUCAGUCAGAAUCCCUCUUAUGUAGAUGUGAGGCUGGCCCGAACACUCCCUGUGAUUCACAGCUGCUCCGACAGACCGACCGACCGGCAGAUGGGCCCUACCUCCCCUGUCAAACCAAAAAGACCCUUCGUAGAGUCCAAUGUGUAGACGACGUCAACUGCUGUGUCGGAGAUUAGGGAGCGGAAGUUAUUCAAGGUUAGAUUGGAUUAUUGGAGUUGGGAUUGUAUGAGGGGACGGUGGUCAACAGAAGCACACAGGAGUAGCAUCAUGGAAGCUACGCAAUGUACAGCUGUGGAGGGGCGCUAGCAAAAAGUUACUUUAUCCACGUAAAAAAAACACCGACCUGAAGAAAAAAUGUCAGUCCAAGUGUGCAGUAGCUUUAGCUUUCCAUCAAACCGAAACCUUGUAGCACUUACUUUAAAACCACCAAACUCCUCUUACUAAAACCCAUAUUUUUACUUUGCAGGAUUUAAGAAUUAUUUAGACGGUUGUUUAUUCUGGUCGGUUGGAUCUGAGUCUCCGUGUUAAACAACAGAGACGCUGAUCCUAAAUCAGUCAGUUGAUGCUGUUGUUUAAUAUAAAGGGUUAUUCAAAAAGAAUGAACCGAUUUCAUGACACACUGCUUCAGUUCUCAAGCAUCGUGAUAGAAUGAGUCAGUGACCAUUUGACACAGGAGUUUUCUAAGUUUUGAUUGGCUGCCAUAGAGGGCGCCGGGGCGAUGGAUUGGUCUGAAGGGGGCCCUAGACCUUGCUCUUUGUGCUUGGCCUGCGAGAUUCCCAGACCUCACCUAACCAUGUGUGAUUUUUUUUCUUUUCUUGUGGGGAUUCGUAAAAGAUUGCGUUUAUGUUCCACCGCUACCCACUAACCUGGAUGACCUUAAACAUCGAAUAACAACAGCAUCACCUCAGUGGAUGGUGAUCAGCUGAUACGCGUCAGGGAGGAAUUCUCUUAUGGCGUUGAUGUUGUCCGUGCUGCAGGUGGUGGACACACUAAACACUCGGAAGUAGGGAUGGGAAUUGAGAACCGGUUCUUUUU